CGAUCGCCAAUAAACAUCAAAAGAAGAAGAAGACUCAGCGUCGCUCAGCUGUUAAUUUGUUUUUGUUGUCGCUUGUUUUUAUUUUUUAUGUAUAUGUAUAUAUAUAUAUAUACAUAUAUUUCAAGCUGCAGUUGGUCGAUGUUCUUAAAAUAGCGGUGUCAUCUUUAGAGAACCUGCAUCGAGAGGUUUGACUGAUCUCCAUCCACACAUCUGCUCGUGGCAGGCUCUGGAAGUGAGCAGUCAUGGCCGCUGAGCGAGCGUUUGUGUUCGAGGAUGAAGAGGAGCUGUUCAGCGUGAUGAAGGAUAUGGACUGUCUCUACUGUAGGAUUCCAGUCACUGCGUCUAAACAUCACCUCAAAAAGAAACAUCUCAGAUUCGCUAUUUAUUAUAAAGACGCAGGCAUUGGGAAGUUCUCGAUCCCCUGUUACUGCUCUGAUGGAGGCCAUGGCAGGAGUCACUGGCACUGCCCCAUGUGUCUAAAAAUACUGCACCGCACACAGAAUUACAAAAUCCACAUCACCAACCACGGUGUUGAGAUGACACACAAAUCUUCAGCCGAGCUCCAGCCUACAGCAGUCCCGUUAGAGAGCCCACGAACACGAACGCACAUCCAAGACAAGACACCAGGCAACAAGUUAGCGUGCCAGAAGUGUGGGACCAUCUUUACCGCCACAUCAAAUUUGAGACGGCAUGAGAGGCUACAGCACGGCCAAGAACAGCAGCCCAUUUUAUGCAUAGAUCCCAAAAAUGCAAUCUAUGUCACACCCAAGUAUCUGCACGGACCCAGAGUGCCCAUUCACAUCCGCAAAUCCUUCACCUUGCAGAUUCUGCUGUGUGAGCUGGAGGAAUGCUGGGAUUUCAUGAAAGCGCAGGCCCAGAGCGGGAAUCCUGGGAGGGAAUGCCGUCACCUCGUGAGAACGAAUCACGCUCAGCACUAUGUUCCUCCUCCACCGCUGAGUGUCAUCUCUCUGGAGGAGAUGAGCCACAAACACCUCCUGUCUGCAUCCGAGAAACACCAGUGCCAGGAGAUGAGCUCCAGGGCAGCUGUACAGGGGGUGGACUGUGUCUACCCUGUUUUUUGGGACGAGCAUGACCUUUCAGAGAGAUGUGUCUUCUUUUCUGUGUACACCGACCUUGAGGACAAAUGGUGUCAGUUUGGGAGGACACGGGUCUCGUUUGACACCAAGUGUGGCCGCUGGAAGUGUCUGUGUCAGCACAAAAGAAGCCGCUGCGUCCACAAGUGUUUGUCCAUGUGGUGGCUCUUCCAGGAGCGUCCCGAACUGUUGCAGGCGGACAUGGAUGGAGAGGACCUCUGCUAGACUCCACAUCUGUCAGAACUGCUGUCAGUUUUCUGUCUUUACUCAAUAAAAACACUGGACGUAACCUUUA